CUCUGUCAAGGUAUGCGUAUGCAUAGACUUGAUUCACCGAUUAACUGUAUAAGUGACGCACAUUUUCAACGAUGGUCAUGUCAAGUGUCUACGUUUUUGGCCUGAUUGCUAUUUUUGUGAAAUAUACAGAAUCUGCCGGAGGAUGCCCUUUUGGUUGGGACCACCAUGGGGACUCUUGCUACUUGUUUUCGAAUGACACUCAGUCUUGGAACAGUUCAUCGGACAUCUGCGCUUCAUUUGGUGCAAGUUUGAUAGCCAUAGAGUCCCAGACUGAAGAGAAAUUCAUACAAAAUAGACUACAUAUUGAUUUUGCAAGCUUUAUGUUUUGGCUUGGUGGUACCGACCAAUUUACAUCUGAUCAGAAUUGGUACUGGGUUCAAACAGAACAACAAAUAAACAACGGAUAUACGGACUGGUACCAAACAGAACCAGAUCAUCCGGGUACUUACAAACCUUGAAACGCACUAAUACACCAAAAAAGGGUGCGACUUCCGUGCGAGAAUCGUUUCGUGUAAACCGUUCACCGUUCAUGUGAACCGUGAAGCGUUUCCUGUAAAGCGUUUAAUGUUUCCUGUAAAGCGUUUUGUGUUUCGUGCAAAGCGUGUAAAGCGUUUUGUGUUUCAUGCCAAGCGUGUAAGGCGUUUUGAGUAAAGCAUGCGAGAGUCGUGCGACACGUUUCAACAGAUUUCAUUAGGAACUGUUCUCAUUUAUCAAGUGAUACAAAAAACGCCUGAUUUAAAAACUUUCCGGAGUAGUUUGUUAGUAACAAAACACUUGCAUACGUAUG